CUGCUAAAAGGACGUGUGGAGCGCCCUUUCAAUUCACCCGGAACUGUUCGGAGACCCCCCUCUGUCGCACAGUUUGACGUGAAUCUAUCGACAUGUAUGCCGACACGCAGAACCAGCCUCAUGGCUGGGCCUCACUGGAAGAACGGUAUGAGGUAAUGAAGGAGAUCGGAGACGGCAGCUUUGGCAGCGUCGCCCUUGCACGGGUACGGACGGCGGGUGCACAUAUCGCGCGUCGGGGCACUCUGGUUGCGAUUAAGACGAUGAAGAAGACAUUCGACUCGUUCUCCGCAUGCCUAGAGCUUCGCGAGGUCAUCUUCCUUCGCUCGUUGCCUCCGCAUCCGCAUCUCGUUCCUGCCCUAGACAUCUUCCUGGAUCCCUACAGCAGACGGCUUCACAUUGCCAUGGAGUUUAUGGAUGGAAAUCUGUACCAGCUGAUGAAGGCACGCGAUCACAAGCCGAUGGACGCGCACAGUGUCAAAAGUAUCCUCUUUCAGAUCAUCUCCGGACUAGAGCACAUCCACCAACGCGAAUUCUUUCAUCGCGACAUCAAGCCCGAAAACAUUCUGGUAUCGACGUCGCAACAAAACGACUCGUCGCAUCCCUUCCGACGGUACUCUGCUCUAAUGACUCCUCCAUCGACACCACCCGUGUACACCAUUAAGAUUGCCGAUUUCGGACUCGCAAGGGAAACGCAUUCUAAGCUUCCUUACACUACCUAUGUUUCGACGAGGUGGUAUCGCGCACCCGAAGUCCUGCUUCGCGCAGGCGAAUAUUCAGCUCCAGUCGACAUCUGGGCUGUGGGUGCGAUGGCUGUUGAGAUCGCUACUUUGAAGCCCCUCUUCCCCGGUGGAAAUGAGGUUGACCAGGUGUGGAGGGUGUGCGAAAUAAUGGGCAGCCCUGGAGGUUGGGUCAACAAGUACGGACAGAGAGUUGGUGGGGGCGAGUGGAAGGAUGGUGUGCGGCUGGCACAGAAGCUUGGUUUCUCCUUCCCAAAGAUGGCCCCCCACUCCCUGGAUACUAUUCUCCAACCCCCACAGUGGCCUGCAAGCUUGGCCAACUUCGUCACAUGGUGUCUCAUGUGGGACCCACGGAACAGGCCGACAUCAACACAAGCUCUGGCCCACGACUACUUCCAGGAUGCCUUUGAUCCUCUGCGCCUAAAAUCCUCAUCGUCGAGGUUAUUGGGUCGCAAGCAGUCCGACAUCUCCGGAAAGGACUCACCUGACGCCUCUCCAAGCCUGACCUCGAAAACGUCUUCGUGGCUGCGUAGGUCACUGGUUGCACGAGAAAGUGCCCCGGCUGUUCCGCAGCACAGCCCGGCACGCCCAAUAUCGCCGCGGCCGUCGCCCGCUCAUUCGAACUCCACGGAUGCAAAUUCAUCGACUAAGAAUCGUCCAAACGCGCCUAAGCGAGCUACGUGGACGAACGGCGUCCCUUCCAAUGGGGCGCCUAUCCCCAUUCUGCCUUCCAUCCGGCCAGUCUCUCCUUUGUCAGCAGAGGUGACCGCUCAGGCGAGCGUGCGUCCUGCAGAGGGAGAAGAAAAGGCUGCAAAGAAGAUUGGUCGUCAAUUAUCUGUCGCCUCGCACGGUAACCACUAUGCAGACAUUCAUCGCCAAGAAGCGGAGAGAGCGUUGAAUGGCCAAUCGGGACUUGCAUCGCCCUCAAGUGGACACAAGGAAGGCUUCUUCUCCCAUUUGAGGAAGCGAGCUCGCCGUCUGUCUGGUCGUUACCAGACACCAAUGUCGCCUAAUUCGGAUGACAUCGAGGCUAAUGCCGGCUGUGCUCCAUGGGCAAGUGGAGGUACCAGGCAGUCAAUGAUCAUGGACCAACCCCCUCUAGCGCCGGCACCCUCUACCAAUUCGGAUUUCUCGGAUCUCGACAAAGCGUUACAAAACGUGAGGUGUAGCCUCGAGGGGCCACCGCAGCCAAGCAUUGCGACAAAGAAUCCCCGUGUCGCUACCAAUCCUAUGCUCAAGCGUCACCACUCAUUGAAUCAUGACAACAGAAUCUCGGAGCACGGCAUCGCUCCACCCGCCGGUCCAGUCUCCAGUCGAACCAGGCGAGCGCUCCAAAACAGGUCGAACCCCUCAAACCGAUAUGAAACUCCCAACGAAGAAGAAGAGCUGCUAAGCGAAGUGCUCGCUUCUGCUCAGAAGGCAGUCAAGAAGCUCGAUCGACAUGCGGAGGCGGGCACAGAGUAUCAGAAGAAGCCUGCGCGACAGUCUCAGGCCGACCUCGGCCCUGCCGCCUCGUACCUCACGCCUUCGCCAUCAGCGAACCGUAACAAUGUUGGGUUCGGCCAGAUGGACUUCAUGACGCCGACGAAGCCGCUGGAGAUCUCGAAGACGCGAACAACUAAGGAUGAGGGGCCUUCGAAGUGGCCGACGCCGCCCUACGAUGACAAUGACUGGGCAUCAAGUGUGGCUGCCAGCCUUCUAGCCACGCAGUCCAUGUAUCGGUGAUCACCUAUCACCUUCGAAUCUAUAUGAUAGAUUUCCCCUUGCAUUCUCUACGCCGUCUUCAACCAUAUAAUUACUAUAAUCUCGGUCUCUCCUUCUACGGCUUAUAUUACUGCCUCCAUCGUCGAAUACAGUUCGGGGCUCGCGCCACCACUCCAACGUUCACGGUUGACGACCACACGAC